UCACAGACAAAAAAUAACUCUCAGAGACACAUGCGUGUACGGACGGUAUAAAAACGUGUACAAGAAUGCUUCUGACAACUUACGAUAGUGUUAUCCAAUCGUGGAAUCGAAGUGCACAAGGUGGUAUUAUCUGAGAAAUAUCUACCCUUCGCCCCUGCCUCCAUUUUCUUCCUGCUAAGCCCAUACUCCAUACUGUCCUAGCUUCUCCAAAUCUGCAAUGCUCUGUUUUACCCUCUUUGCUCGGCUCAGCUAAUAUUACUCUCAGUUUUUCAGAUCAAGGGCAUCCCCAUCCAUAAAAUUGUCAAGGGAUGAAGUUGGUGAUAUGACAUUUUCUUUUUGGGGAGCAAGAUUAGUGACGGAGAUAUUUUGUCACCAGGUUGAAGAAUGGCCUUCACUUUACAUUCACAUUUUCUUGAAAACCAAACAAUUCAUUCAAAUUAUGGGUUACAUCUUCUGAGUUGUAAAAAGGGAAGCUGGACUGUCUCAGAGAGUGUAGCCAUAGUGCAGUUCUUGCCAAAUAGAUGGAGAGAGAGACACAGGAAGCUGCUUAAAGCUCAUAGGAUGUGCAGCGUGUUGGGUUCUACACGCACCAGCCUUCCUUUACAUACAAAAGAGAGUAGCUCUUUGACAAAUAAUAAGGAGAUAACCAAAUACUGGGAGGCACUGUCCUUGAUCUUCGGUAGGAAGUGGACCCACUUUGCCCAAACUGCAAUAAUAGCUGCAUUUGUUUUUAUGGUAAUUCCAGAGGCUGAUGCAGUGGAUGCUCUUAAAACUUGUACUUGCUUGUUGAAAGAGUGCAGAUUGGAGCUUGCCAAAUGUAUAUCAAACCCUUUAUGUGCAGCCAAUAUUACUUGUCUCCAGACUUGUAACAAUAGACCCGAUGAAACAGAAUGCCAGAUACAAUGUGGCAAUUUGUUUGAAAACAGCGUAGUAGACGAGUUCAAUGAGUGUGCAGUGUCACGAAAGAAAUGUGUCCCACGAAAAUCAGAUGUAGGAGAAUUUCCUGCUCCUGAUCCAAGUGUUCUUGUAAAAAACUUCAGGAUAAAAGACUUUGAGGGGAAGUGGUUUAUAACCAGUGGAUUAAAUCCCACUUUUGACACUUUUGAUUGCCAAGUGCACGAGUUUCAUGUUGAAGGAAACAAACUUGUGGCUAAUUUAUCAUGGCGGAUUCGGACACCAGAUGGAGGUUUUUUCACUCGAUCGGCCGUGCAGAAUUUCUUGCAAGAUCCACAGUAUCAGGGAAUAUUAUAUAAUCAUGACAAUGAGUAUCUUCACUAUCAAGAUGACUGGUAUAUUUUGGCAUCUAAAGUGGAAAACACAGCAGAUGACUAUAUAUUUGUAUAUUACCGGGGACGAAAUGAUGCAUGGGAUGGAUAUGGAGGUGCUGUGUUGUACACAAGGAGUGCUGUUUUGCCAGAAAGCAUAGUUCCUGAUAUACAGAGGGCAGCCCAAAGCGUGGGGCGGAAUUUUGACCAAUUCACUAAAACAGACAACACGUGCGGCCCCGAACCGCCCCUUGUGGAGAGACUUGAGAAGACUGUUGAAGAGGGUGAGAAGACAAUCAUAAGAGAAGUAGAAGAGAUAGAAGGAGAGGUGGAGAAGGUGAAAGACACGGAAAUCAGCCUGUUCAGUAGACUGUUGGAAGGGUUGAAGGAAGUGCAGAAGGAUGAAAAGUACUUUUUACAAGAGCUGAGCAAAGAAGAAAAGGAACUUCUUGAUGGACUUGAAAUGAAAGCAAGUGAAGUGGAGAAGUUGUUUGGUCGCGCUUUGCCUUUGAGGAAAUUGAGGUAGUGUGUAGAAAUGGAUGAGUUGAUGAUGCAUGAUGAUCAUACUGGUAUACGUAUGAUUUAUUCAUUCAACCUCAAACGCUCCGAAACAUUGUUCUCGUUUUGUAUGCGGUCGUAAGGAUGGUUUUUAAAAUCCGUAGUUAGGAAUGCUUAGGAGGUAGAAAUGAUUGAAUAGAGGGACACAAAUUUCUAGCCCGUUAAUCAUUUAUGCAAUUAUUGCACUGUAUUCUUCAUACUUCAUAUAUAAAAACAAUAAUAUAUCAGAUAGUUAUAAUAAUAUGGGAGCCAUUUCGGGCUUAAUGUACACUUUCUAUCUGCAGCAUCUGAUAGUGAUACUAUAAAUAACACAUUUACAGGCCAAGUGUUCUCUGAGCAACUCAUCGUUAUAUUGAAGGAAAGAGCUGAUUUCCA